UCUGGGUAAACCUCGUGAUGGCGUUCGUGCUUAUAUCGGAAGUUUCCGUCCGAAACUACGAUACGUAUUCUAAGUUCAACAACAAGCAAGGAGAUUUUCCCGCUGCUAAUAGCCCGGUGGCCAAAGAGUACGUCCGUCACAUCCACUCCUUGUUCGACGUGUACCGAAAAGGAGUAGGCGCCAACACCAACGAAGUGAACGGGGCGCGAGUGGUAAUAGAAACCAACACACUCUUUGACACCAAAUUCAAAGCGUGGAAGCGCAACGCCGACAUUAUUAACUCUCUCCUGGCGCUACCACAGGGAAUGAACAACGCUGGCCGGUAAAUCUCUACACCAAAAUAAAAUGACCUUAUUAAGCCUACAAGUAUUGUGCACCAAAUGCUUUUCCAUGACUCUGAAUAUACAAAACUUUAGGUGAAGAAAAUAAAAUUCUUGAGUCUGUCAAACAUAUCUAUAUUGUACCAUUUUAAA